AGCUCCCGCGUUUACGGAGCACCUCUCCCCGGCGAUUUUCAUUACCAGUCGCAACUGAAGCCUGCCAGGUGACUGAGCUCAAUGGCAACCCCGGCUUCCAAUGAGUCGGAGGAAAGCAUCUUUCAGCUGUUGAAAAAGGCCGACACAAAAGAGUUGGAAACUCGAGAGAAGGCGAUCAAUGAGCGGUUGCAUCGCACAUUUCAGCUCGGGCAACAGAGACUUGCGGAGCUCAUUGACCAGAAUUCAACUCUGCCUACCACUGUAUCAUCAGUGACGGUCCUCGGGACCCAAAAUACAAGACAUGGCUUCCUUGGAGCAGUGGUGAACCCGCUAUUAAGCGCCAACCGCGACCGACCAUAUACUCAAUCUGAACUCAUACACGAAGUCGCAAGAACCGCUGAGAAACUCAGGAAAUUUGGCAUCUAUCACGACCCAAUUUCCGUCUACCUCGACAAACCCUCCAAGACCGACCCUACAACUACCCCAACCGAUAUUGCCAUUUACUACUCAGUGAAAGAGAAAAGCCGGAUUUUUGCAAAGACUGGAACAGACCUUGGUAAUGCAGAAGGGUCAGCUUACGCCAAUGUGCAAUGGAGGAAUCUUUUGGGCGGUGCAGAAACCCUUGACGUAAAUGCGUCCAUUGGUACGCGCACACGCUCAUCGUACCAAGCUACCAUCGAUACCCCUGUCCUGAGCAAUCCCGAUCUGCGGUUUCAGGUUGGCGGAUUGCAGAGCGCGACGCAGAAAAUCUUUGCCAGCCAUGAAGAAGUGCUGAAAGGAGGCUGGACCAAGUUGCGGUGGCUGAGUUCGGCAGGGUCAUUUCACGAAAUAGGAUACAAUGGUUUCUGGCGACAAGUGACUGGUCUCGCACCAAACGCUUCACAAACGGUCCGGAACGAUGCAGGGGAUUCUUUCAAGAGCAGCAUUUCUCACACAUGGAUGGCCGAUCGAAGAGACAACUCCAUGCUACCCACCAGAGGUUAUUAUGCCAAAACAUCCGCCGAACUAGCAGGGUGGGGGCCCCUGCAAGGUGAUGCGGCAUUCCUCAAAAGUGAAGUCGAGACUCAGUCAGCAUUGUCGAUACCGGUCCCUGGCAUAAAGGGGGACAGUGGUGUGAGCUUCACUACCGGAUUCCGUGCCGGUCUUCUAUACCCUUUAACUCUAGGAUCGAAGCAGAACCCAGAAAUGUCACGGAUAAAUGACCGAUUUCAGCUGGGUGGUCCUACGGAUGUUCGGGGCUUCAGGCUUUCGGGCUUGGGCCCUCACGAUGGCCCAGAUGCAGUGGGCGGUGACAUUUACGCAGCUGGAAGCGCAAAUAUUCUUCUCCCUCUCCCCAAAGUCGGAAAAGAUAAGCCUCUACGAUUGCAAGCUUUCAUCAAUGGUGGACGGUUAUUGGCAAUAAGAAAUGAAGAAAAGGAGGGUGCAAUGACAAGCCAGCAAGUCAAACAAAGUGUUGCAGACGCUUUCUCAGAGCUGGGGAACGGGCUACCAACAAUGUCGGCUGGCGUAGGGCUGGUUUAUGCCCAUCCUGUGGCACGCUUUGAGCUCAACUUUUCAUUGCCUUUAGUCGUCCGGAAGCAGGAAGAGGCCAGAAAGGGUGUGUCUUUCGGCAUCGGCAUCAAUUUCCUGUAGGAUGUAACAGCAUUAGACAAUAUUGUACAUAGUAACGGCAUGGCCAGUAACGACUCGUGGGGAAGUGCUACGAAAGACUAAACGAGGCUGAGGGAAAGGCCAUCUGGCAAAAGAGGCUCGGUGGGCACCAG